AUGUCUUCCUCAAAAUGUCACUUCCUAGAUCUCCCGCUCGAGAUCCGGCUCGACAUCUAUGCCCAUCUCCUCCUACACCCUCCUAUCGACAAACUCAACCCGAACCGACCCGCGGCACGGAUACACCCAGCCAUCCUCACUGCGAGCCGGCAGACCCACGCCGAGGGCACACCCGUCCUAUAUUCCAAGAACAUGUUUCUGGCGCACGCGACGCUGCUCGCCUCCUUCCCAAGGCUGCGGCUGUGGUACCCCCCGGUACGAGAGCGCUCGGUGCUUCCGCAAAUCCGCCGCUUCCACAUCCGCGUGCGGCUCGACUGCGACCCGGCCUUUGAUGCCAGCGCCGCCGCUGCGGCCUUCAGCGGCGUCGACGAGCUCGUCGUCGAGGUGUGGCAGGCUAUGUUUCAAGGAGCCGACCACGGCGCGCUGCAGGUUUUCGAGGGCGUCCGCGGUGUCAGGGACGUCAAGGUCUAUGGGAGCAUCACGGGGUUUGAGGGGUACGUUCGCUGGCUCGAGGACGUAAUGCGCUACGACACCGGAGGCGGCGAGAGGACUUCGCUUGCUGAGACACGACGGCCGAGUCCGAUUGCGUGA